AUGAAACCUAUAUUGUCAGAUGAUGAAAUCUCUGAGCAAGAAUUAAUAAUCACUGAUUUGGAUUAUCAAGUAAGUAGUGAUGACAAAGAUAAUAUUGAGGAGGAGACAACUACUAGAUCUU